GUCCUUCCACAAUCCAAUACAAAUCCUAGUUGUUCCAUAAACUCAUAUAUACAUUUAAAGAAAAAAUUUAAAAAAAUAAAUAAAAUCUGGAGUUCUGUCUAUGGCUCCCCACUUCUCUGCACCUUCAAUGAUAUUGGAAGAAGAGAGGAGAUUCGACGCGGAGGUGGCAGAGGUGGAAGCAUGGUGGAACUCCGAGAGGUUCAAGCUGACGCGCCGCCCCUACACCGCCAGAGACGUGGUGGCACUACGGGGACAUCUGAGUCAAACCUACGGGUCAAACGAGAUGGCGAAGAAGCUAUGGCGGACGCUGAAGAGCCACCAGGCGAAUGGGACAGCCUCUAGGACCUUUGGUGCCCUUGACCCGGUCCAAGUCACGAUGAUGGCCAAGUACUUGGACACGGUCUACGUCUCCGGCUGGCAGUGCUCCUCCACUCACACCACCUCCAACGAGCCGGGCCCCGACCUCGCCGAUUACCCCUACGACACCGUCCCCAACAAGGUUCAGCAUCUCUUCUUUGCCCAGCAGUACCAUGACAGGAAGCAGAGGGAGGCUAGGAUGAACAUGGGCAGGGAGGAGAGGGCCAAGACUCCCUUCAUUGACUACUUGAAGCCCAUCAUUGCCGACGGAGACACCGGUUUCGGCGGCGCCACCGCCACCGUCAAGCUCUGCAAGCUUUUCGUGGAGCGCGGCGCGGCCGGAGUCCAUAUCGAGGACCAGUCCUCUGUUACCAAGAAGUGUGGACAUAUGGCAGGGAAGGUAUUGGUUGCUGUGAGCGAGCAUAUCAACAGGCUAGUGGCAGCCAGGCUGCAGUUUGACAUCAUGGGAACCGAAACCGUCCUGGUGGCACGGACUGACGCGGUGGCGGCAACGUUGAUCCAAACCAACGUUGACACCAGAGACCACCAGUUCAUUUUGGGGGUAACGAAUCCGAGACUAAAAGGGAAGGGUCUGGCGACGAUCAUGGCCGAGGCAAUGGCUGCCGGAAAAACCGGGCCGGAGCUCCAAGCCAUUGAGGACAACUGGCUAUCAAUGGCUCAGUUGAAGACCUUCGCGGAAUGCGUGAGCGACGUGAUUGGAAGGAUGAACAUUGGGGAAAGUGAAAAACAGAGGAGACUGAUGGAGUGGAAGAGGCAUUCAAGCUAUGAGAAAUGCAUGUCGAAUGAACAGGGCAGGGAACUAGCAUUGACACUGGGAGUCAACAACCUCUUCUGGGAUUGGGACUUGCCCAGAACCAGAGAAGGGUUCUACAGGUUCAAAGGGUCAGUAUCAGCCGCAAUUGUCAGAGGCCGGGCGUUCUCCCCACACUCAGACCUCAUCUGGAUGGAGACAGCAAGCCCUAACCUGGUGGAGUGCACGGAAUUCGCAGAGGGAGUGAAGUCCAUGAACCCAGAGAUGAUGUUGGCAUACAAUCUCUCGCCGUCCUUCAACUGGGAUGCAUCAGGAAUGAGUGAUGACCAGAUGAAAGAUUUCAUCCCAAGGAUCGCGAAGCUUGGGUUCUGCUGGCAGUUCAUCACUCUGGCUGGCUUCCAUGCCAAUGCCCUGAUUGUCGACACGUUCGCCAGUGAUUUCGCGAAAAGAGGGAUGCUGGCUUAUGUGGAGAAGAUACAGAGGGAAGAACGGAAGCACGGAGUUGACACGCUGGCUCAUCAGAAAUGGUCCGGUGCUAACUACUACGACAGGGUUCUCAGGACUGUUCAGGGAGGCAUCACCUCCACUGCUGCCAUGGGGAAAGGAGUGACCGAGGAGCAGUUUCAAGAAACAUGGACAAGACAAGGAACAACGAACAUGGGGGAUGGCGGCACGGUGGUUGCAAAGGCAAGGAUGUAACAGUACAUCAACCCACCCAGCCACCCAGGAAGCUAAUCAGGAAGAAGAUGAAUAAAGUGCAAUAAUCUUUGUGGGAUUGGGUCACGAUUUCUUACAAUGCCUAAUUUACUUUUGCGCUUCAUUUCAAUCCCGUCUACGCUUUUGCUUCGACAAAAUCUUGAUUUCUAGACAGAUAGUUAGGGAGAAACUAAAACGAAAACUAGGCUGUUUGUUUCAGCCUCUUAAUGGUUCAGAUGUCUGAAUGGUUCAGCACUUAAUGGUUCAGACUGUUUGUUUCAGCCUCUUAAUGGUUCAGAUGUCUGAAUGGUUAAGAGAUUUGCCUCUGAAUGGUUAAAUAUUAUACAGAGUCUGAAUGGUUAAGACCUCUUAUCUGAAUUGAUCAGACAUUUACCUCUGAAUAGUUAAGCAAUAUACUAUCUCUUAAUGG